AUUUCUCUGACUGAACUUCUGCUCUUCAUUUUUCACAGCGUCACUUCAGUUUAACUUCAUCCAAAUGAGGACUUUGACACUGCAGAUAUUUGGGCUUCUGUUCAUCAGCCUCAACAGAGCACAUGGACUCAACCAGUUUCCAGAAAACUUUGUGGUGGCAAAAAGAAACAACGAAAAUCCAGUCACACUAACCUGCGACACGGAGACCGACGGCGCCGUCACAUGGAAGUUUCACGGUGAAGUGAUGGAGGACGUCGUUCUACAGGCCAAUGUCCAGCAGGACGGUCGAACUCUGACCGUGUCAGACGUAGAUACGCCCAUGCUGGGACAAUACAGCUGCUGGAGAGGAGGAGAGAUGCUAUCAUCAACCUAUCUGCUGCUGGAGGCUGAGGAGGAAGAUGAGUUAGGUUCUCCCAUCCUAUGUCGGGCAAAGUCUUAUGACUGUAGGUUCAUGUGUAAGUGGAUCAACAGUGGAUACAAAGCAGUGCGCUUAGGCCUGGGCCAAAACUGCACUGAAGGUGGGAGGUCGUGUCACUGGGUCAGCAGCAGUGAUGAGCUCCCAGACGGGGGAUUCCAGUUUGAGCUGUCCCAUUCCCUCUCACCCUUUGCUGAGGAAAGCACCAUGCUUGAAGUCACUGCUGAGGCGUUCACUGACCUCUCCAUCCUCAGGGCAACAAAGAGAUUUUAUCUCAGAGAUAUUGUUCAACCCGAUAGUCCCCAGAAUGUCAGGUGUCAGAAGGUGGAGCAGGCCCUGAACGUGACCAUUGAUCCACCGUCCAGCUGGUCGGUUCCUCACAGCUUCUUCGGCCUGGAACAUGAGAUUGAGUACAUGUUGAAAGAUAACGGAAAGACUGAACGUUCUUCAUCCGCUCUGAUCACGAAGAGGAUAAGCAAGCUGAGGGUUCGCUGCAGAGACUCGCUGGUGCUCUCCACCUGGAGCCAGUGGACUCCCUGGAAAAAUGUAACCUACUGA